GUAGCUGUCACAAAAUCGUCAUUUUGGUUUAUUGUAGUUCACCGCAACAACGUGAACAGAAGAACAGAAGUUCCAAGAAGUUCGAAGAAGCUAACAAUAUGGCGGACUCCUGCUACGUCACAUGUGUGCUUGUUAUAGUUUGUUUCAGCCUGCCAACCUUUUCUGAAGGAAAUAAGUGCGAGUUUUCUGAAGGUAUUUACAAAUCCUCUUACAUACCAGAUGUUAAAUGGCCAUUACUACUACAAAGUGGAUUCGUAUCGCUGGAUGUUGCUAUACCAAUGACUUGGCAUUUAACUGAAGAAACUAAAGAUCAGAAACUUAGGAUAGCGCAUGUUUGUGUCCAAAUGAAAGAUGGCAACGAAGAUACGAAGGAUAUGUCCAUAAAAAUAGUAAGGACCGGCAGGUCUGCUCGUGUCCGAAUCCUACUGAAGAAGCCCUCUAAGACACAUCGGAGACUGUCUAUACAACUUUUUGGGAAGCCGCGUACUUAAU